AUGUUUCUAUCUUUCAUAUUGAUCCCUUUCUGUCUAUUUACAAUAAAUUUUGCGGAUGAUCCGAAUCGAUUACCAACGAAAUGUGAAGUAUGCAAGUUACUUGCUCAGGAGUUGACUGAAAGCUUCCAGGAGCAUAAUAGCCCUAGUGUGAUCGAAACCAGCUAUUCACUUGAUGCUAAACAACCGAAAAAGAUAAAAUAUAGUGAUUCAGAGACGCGUUUGAUUGAAACGCUGGAAAAUGUUUGCGAACGAUUUCUUCACUACAAUGUUCAUGCUGAACGUCCUGGAUCGUUACGAUAUGCUCGUGGCCGAUCGCAAACUAUGGAUACCUUAUGGAAUUUACGAAACAAAGGAGUUAAAGUCGUUCUCGAUGUUCCUGAUAAUCUUUGGGAUGCACCAUCAGCUGAAAUUACUCAAUUGAAGAAAUACUGUGAAGAGAUGCUUGAAGAGCAAGAAGAAAGCAUUGAGCAAUGGUAUUUUGAUAAAAAAACACGAAACGAAGCUACACUGGAAAAAUACAUUUGUGAAGAUCGCGCACUGAAGAAUCACGAUGCUUCCUGUCUUCGAGAAGUGUACACCCCAUCAGACGAAAACAAACAAUCAAAAGGCGAUACGGAAAAGAAUGAUUUGUGA